GCACAGGCCAUGCCACUGAAACACUAUCUCCUUUUGCUGGUGGGCUGCCAAGUCUGGGCUGCCGGGUUGGCCUACUAUGGCUGCCCUAGUGAGUGUACCUGCUCCAGGGCCUCCCAGGUGGAGUGCACCGGGGCGCGCAUUGUGGCAGUGCCCACCCCUCUGCCCUGGAACGCCAUGAGCCUGCAGAUCCUCAACACGCACAUCACCGAACUCAACGAGUCCCCGUUCCUCAACAUCUCGGCCCUCAUCGCCCUGAGGAUUGAGAAGAAUGAGCUAUCCCAAAUCAUGCCUGGUGCCUUCCGCAACCUGGGCUCGCUGCGUUACCUCAGCCUCGCCAACAACAAGCUUCAGGUUCUGCCUAUCGACCUCUUCCAGGGCCUGGACAACCUUGAAUCACUCCUUCUGUCCAGCAACCAGCUGGUGCAGAUCCAGCCAGCACAGUUCUCCCAGUUCAGCAACCUCAAGGAGCUGCAGUUGCAUGGCAACUACUUGGAAUACAUCCCUGAUGGCGUUUUUGACCACUUGGGGGCCCUCAACAAGCUCAAUCUGUGCAAGAACAGCCUCACCUACCUCUCGCCCAGGAUCUUCCAGCGCCUGGGCAACCUCCAAGUCCUCCGGCUGUGUGAGAACAGGCUCUCAGACAUCCCCAUGGGCACUUUUGAUGGGCUGGGCAACCUCCAAGAACUAUCCCUGCAGCAAAACCAGAUCGGUGUGCUCUCCCCUGGCCUCUUCAACAACAACCGUAACCUCCAGAAGAUCUAUCUGUCCAACAACCACAUCUCCCAGCUGCCCCCUGGCAUCUUCAUGCAGUUGCCCCAGCUCAACCGUCUCACGCUCUUUGGGAAUUCCCUGAAGGAGCUCUCUCCAGGGAUCUUUGGGCCCAUGCACAACCUUCGAGAGCUUUGGCUCUACGACAACCACCUCACUUCUCUACCUGACAACAUCUUCAGCAACCUCCGCCAGUUGCAGGUCCUGGUCCUCAGCCGCAACCAGAUCGGCUACAUCUCUCCCGGCGCCUUCAACGGGCUGGGAGAGCUGCGGGAGCUGUCCCUCCACACCAAUGCGCUGCAGGACCUGGACGGGAACGUCUUCCGCAUGUUGACCAACCUGCAGAACAUUUCCCUGCAGAACAACCGCCUCAGACAGCUCCCAGGGAAUAUCUUUGCCAAUGUCAACGGCCUCAUGACCAUCCAGCUGCAGAACAACCAGCUAGAGAACCUGCCAAUGGGUAUCUUCGAUCACCUGGGGAACCUAUGUGAACUUCGACUCUAUGACAACCCCUGGAGGUGUGACUCAGGCAUCCUUCCACUCCACAAUUGGCUCCUGCUCAACAAGCCCAGGUUGGGGACAGACACCCUCCCGGUGUGUUACAGCCCAGCCAGUGUCCGGGGCCAGUCCCUCAUCAUUAUCAACGUCAACAUUGCUGUUCCCAGUGUCCAAGCCCCAGUGAUCCCUGAGGUGCCCAGCUACCCAGAAACGCCAAAGUACCCGGAAACUCCCAGCUAUCCUGAAACCACUUCCAUCUCCUCCGCCACUGAGUCCACCAGCUCCGUGGAGGACUACACCGAUCUGACCACCAUCCAGGCCACUGAUGACCGCAGCACGUGGGGCAUGACCCGGGCCCAGAGCGGGCUGGCCAUUGCUGCCAUUGUCAUUGGCAUCAUUGCCCUGGCCUCCUCCAUCGCUGCCUGCAUCUGCUGUUGCUGCUGUAAGAAGAGGAGCCAUACAGUCCUGAUGCAGAUGAAGUCACCCAACGAGUGUUAAAGAGGCAGGCUGGAGGCAGGGCUGGGGGAUGGUGGGACCACUGGAGUAUUUGGGAAUUUCAUCCUUUGACCUUU